AUGACACGAACGUUAUUCACAGAAGAAGAGGUGCGACUGGCAACAGAGCGGCGCCUGAAAUAUAUUGGAGCCGCCAAGGUCAGCAUCAGUCAAAUUCAAUUCGAUCCUCCUUUGCCCCGAGAUCUCGAUACCAAGAAUGUGGCUCGACUCCGUAGCGUGUUUCGUAAGAACCGUUGUCGCCGCCUGGAUGUUGACAAUCAUAUCCCUGCGAUCUUAUCACGGCUUGAUCUCGCCAAUGCCCUGCGAAAAGCGAACAUUCCACAGCAGUCGCUGCUGACGAAUGACGCUCAUCAAUUACCCCGACUUGGAUUCAUGGCCGGGCAACUUCAAGGUCUCCAUGGCCGUCAUCGCGUACGAGCAGGGUCCGAGAUACUCUCUCCGGCUGAUCGCUGGUGGACGGUAGAUCUUUACUUAGACGAUAUCGGCGAAGAACUGAGAACCUUUUUGGUGGAGGAAUAUGCCAACCAGAAGAAGCCGACUGACGGAGACAUUUACCGCAAGAUCCGACAAUACGAGGGCGAGUAUGACGAAGCUUUCAGGGAGCGAUGGUUUGUACGUCUAUCGCAGAGCAAUCAAGAACGGUUGGACCAAUUGGAUAAUAAGAGAAACCGCCGCUUGCGGCGCGCCUUUGAUAGGCUACUGGCUAUUCCUGGGCUUUGGCCAGGAAUGAGGAUCAGUGUGCUUCACCGGCUGAUAGCCUCGGGCUGUGUGGAAGAAAUAAUCACUUAUCUUGAUCAUAUCUGGGAGUUCUGGUCCUCCUUGGUCGCCUCGGAUAGUGCUGCAAUGAAAAAGAUCAACCAGGAUACCGUCGAAUCCCUGCAGCUGCUAGCACCAGGGAAAUGCCGCAAGGACGCCAAAACAGCCUGUGGGCUAGUUCUGAGUGGGCAAGCGUUCGCUAGGUUCAGUGACGAAGAACGCAAAAUCAUAUGGGACCAGAUGCAAGACUUCGACAGCCUGAUACCAUCCCUGUACACCUUCUUCGAGGACUUUAAAUACCUGGAAAGCUGCGCUCAUUGUGUGAAGCGACUUUACGGCCCAUCGACCGGCUCGGUCUGGGAGACCAUGAGUUCGAUGUUUGCUGCAUCAUCAGAAGAAGAGGAAGAAGUUCUCAGAACAGCGGAAUGUAUGAUUCAGACCUCCGAGUCUACUUUUCGACGACAGCCGGCAACCGAUAUGGGACGUCUCGAGACGGCGUAUUUGCAGGUGUGGCUGUACUCAAUGAGGCACUAUCCUCUGAUGCCCCCGGACCCCAAGAAUGAUGACGAACUGUUGGCCAAACCAGCUCGUGCCAAACCGGAUGAGAGAACAAUUUUUGAGAUGGCCGAACUCGCUCGUCAGCUGGGGUUCGCGUCGCCAGAAAUCAGUGCGUUAAUUGACAGUUCUCCGGAUCAUCAAAUCGCACGAUCGGCUCUACUGAAGGCCAGGAAACCAGGCCGGUAUCGAUACGACCGUCAGCAGUUUGAUAUUUUGGUCAACCAGAUUGUGAAUCUUUUCGCAGAGGCUGUUCCUGAUCAGCCCGAUCUCUCGCCAGAUCUUCUGGCAGAUAGCGCUGUGAAGCUACAGGUUCGCUCCGGGGUGCCACAAACACGGACACAUAACCAAGACAGCCCGUUACUAUUUUUAGACCGAUUGUAUGCUGAUAUUCCGGUUGCGGACACGAUUACUAGCUUUUUUGUUCGUCGUUGUGUCUACUUUGCGUUCUUCGGAAAGUCUGCAAAGUAUGGCCCUAGCCACAUCAGCGACAGGCAAAACGCCGAUGCGGAUCAAGGCAUGGCCGACGUACCUCGGUCGCCAUUGUUUGUCGGAGAGGAAAGUCCGUCUGGUAUUGAUGCAUCCGCAGUUCACACAAACUCAACCAGCGAGCCUUCUCGCCGUGAACAAGAGUCACAAGCACAGAGGGUCGAACGGGAUAAAGCACGACCGAGUAUGAGACAUCAGCAGGUGCUGAGGGCCGAAAGAGAGCGCGAUGUCUUAAGGCGGAGACGGAGACGGAAAGGUCAGAUACGCAAACUUGCUUCGGACCCUGGGAAUACCAGGGACCAAGAGCCCAUGGAGCCGGAAGUACUCAACACGGAGAUGAGGGAUCAGGAAAUGUCAGAUCAAACCGGUCCAUCCAAUGAAGACCAUGCCCCCGGGGAAAUGCAGAGCACAUCAGCACCGGUGGAUGCAGCGUCGGUCAGCAUGUAUUCCUCCCAUGGCUCUUCUGCCCCGGAAGUUGAGGAUGCGAUGAGUGAUUGCACGAGGGUCUCCAUCGAAGCGAUCCAGCUUGAGCAGGAGAUGGAUGAGCGAGCAAUGAUCGAGGGGCAAGAUCGAGAUGAAGCUCUCGAGGAUCAAAACCAAACCGAUCAUGCAGCACUGCGAGUGUCUUCAAGGUCCGAGGUAGGCAAUCUGUCGAAUAUUAGCGGCCUUCACAGACAGCAAGAACUGGAUGACUUUCUUGCCGGCCUGACAAAGGCCCAGGAAGAGCAGGAGCGAGUGGAAGAGGAGAUGGAGCGUGAACGACUUCAUGAAGAACUUGGCCUGUCCCAGCAAGCGCGAACGCGCGAGGAAGAGUCUCAACCUGAAGACAGGCAGAUUCCACCACCGCUGGGUUCUAAUGACCAGCAGACGGAAUCAGCGUCGCAGAACGCCACGCUGAUUCAACAGGAUAUUGUCACGACUAGUCCGAGUGAGACUUCCUCAGCAGGUGAGCAUGCGUCUCCAGUAACGACGAAGGGGCCGCCACGACCACAAGACCCGGUCGAGAUUCAGUUCUGGGUCCUUGAGCGAGAGCAGUGGAAGAAGUCAGACCAUCUCUUCGUCGACCGGUCGGAUCCUUCACCGGUAGAGCGAGUUGCGCAAAAGUAUACAUGGAAGGAUUACUCACUCUAUGAUUUAAACCUACACAGCCUCAGCCCUGCGAACUGUUACCGCGCCGCAAUCGCGGACGGCAAUAACGCCAUAUUCUUGAUUUCCGAGGAGGAGGAAAAAAGGCUUGCGGCUGAAGGCCGACUCGUCAAGGACAAGCAACUUUUAUCAAUGGCUUCUCGAGUUUUGGAUCGGGCAGAAGAGGAUCAAAAUGCACGUCCUGGUUCUAUGCGGCGAUUAUGA